AUGUCGUCCUCGCGCGUUUCCCUGUUCAUACGUCUCUUCGUCGCAUUCUACACAGCCCUCGCCGCAUCAGCACAACAAGAAGUCCUCAGCAACGCCAAAGCAGAAACACCUGGCUACAAUGUCGGCCAGCCCAUUCCAGUGAGCUGUCUCAAUCGAACAAUAGACACUGGCGAACACAUAACCGACCCGAUCACGAACCAACUCUCCUACAUCCCCGCCUUCACCUGCAACGAAACCGGCCGCCCCCUCGAGCUCUACUUCGGCAUUGAGCGCGACAUAAACUGCACCAUCGACUUCAUCGACGACCCCUUCUUCCACCUCCUCGAGUUCUACGUUCACAACGAUGCCCCGCUCACAUGUCGGAUCCCAACAAAGCCCCUACCGCCAGCGGUGCUGAAGGAGGAGUAUGAGCAAGGCACGAAAGACACGACAGAUGGACAGGGGAGUCUGUCAGAGAUCUACACGCCGUUGAUAAUUGCGCUCACGGGCACGCUGCAAUUGAGCCAUUUGCACGUCAGUACGAGCAUGAACGUAUUACUCCACGCCGUCCCCAAAUCCAUCUCCCCAGGCACCAUCGCCGCCGCAACAGCAUAUUCGAUAUCCCGCGAUCCUCCCUCCCGGAUCGUAAUCGGCGAUCCCCUCCCAUUACGCUUCAGCGUGCGGUGGUAUCCCAAUACCGCGCUGCCCAGUGGGUGGACGGGGAUUGGAGGGCAUUUGACGUUUAGCACGUUCGUGUACUGUUUGAUCUCUGCGCUGGCGAGUGCGGCGAUUUGUGUGGCAUACUUUAGGGGUGUGGAGCUGCCGCGGCGGUUGAAGAGUCAUGGGAAGGAUCGAUUGAGUGGGAUGGAGAGAGGCGGACUGGGGGGGUAUGGGUUGGCUAUGGGGAGUGGGACGAAUGGGUAUGGGUAUGGACCCGGGAAGAGGGAUUAG